AUGCGUGAUGUCAAGUGCAGGAUCGAAGGUCUAGAGUCGAUUCUGCAGGGCCUUCGCGAUAUCCUGACAGAUGCCGGUCGGAUCGAUCCUCCGCUAGCGGGCAAGUUCAAAGUCGCCCUUCGUAUGAUCACAGACUGUGAAAGUGCCAUCCAGGAGCUUGAUGGUACGUCCUCGAAGCUUCAAAAUGGCCCUUCACAAGCUGCGCAAGGAGACUUCCCAGCACUCAAGACCGCUUCGAAACGAGCUCUUUACCCAUUCCGGCGUGACGCCCUAGUGGGCCUUUUAAGUGUUCUUGACGGGCUGCAGGAGAACCUUGACACUGCACUGGCUUUGUUGCAAAUGUAUGCUCAUUCUACUCCUGCUGUGUAA